UUUACUCUCUCUAACUGUCCCCUGACACCCUCUCCUCUCUCUCUCCCUCUCUCUCUCCUAUAUAUAAACCACAACACACACACCUUCCUUUCUCAGAAGCACACAUCGUCCCCUCCACAUCUUAGAGAGGGAAAGAGAGGUGAGAAUUAGAGAGAGAGAGAGAGAGAGAGAAACAUGGCGAGGUGGUGCAUUGUUUUUGUAAUGGUGGCCGUGGUUGUAGCCCAUGUUGGGGCCCGGAAUGUGCCUAGCCACGUCCACGUCAGCACGAGUGGCGGGGCCCAGAAGGACGGCGCCGACACGGCGGCGGGGCUCGGCGACGAGAAGAACAUCGUGUUCGGCGGCGUCGGCGGGGGAGUCGGCGUCGGCGGCGGCACCAUCGGGGGGCUGCCGCUCCUCGGGGGCGCCGCCGGCAUCGGCGCCUUCGGAGGGGUCGCCGGGCUGCCACUCCUCGGCGGCGUCGGCGGGGUCGGUGGCGCCGGCGGAAUCGGCGGCCUCGGCGGCCUCGGCGGCGGCGUCGGUGGCCUCGGCGGCGUCGGUGGGGGAGUAGGAGGCCUCGGCGGGGGCGUCGGGGGUGUUGGCGGCGCCGCCGGCGGAGUUGGCGGCGUCGGGGGUGUCGGCGGAGUUGGCGGUGUCGGAGGAGUCGGCGGAGUCGGCGGCGCCGGAGGAGGCGUCGGCGGCGGCGCCGGAGGGAUUAUCCCUUGAGUUACGUGCGUACAUACGUAGUACGUAACGUGUGCACGUACGUACAUGCAUGCAUGGCUCAUGCACGCAUGCGAGUUUUACGUGUAGAGUUACACUAGGGUACGUAGCGUAAUUAGUUUAGUUUUUGUUUUAUUCUAUGCAUGGGUUGUGCGAAAUAAUUAAUUGUGAGAAGUUGGGUGCGUUGUAUGGUGGUUGUUUCGUUAUUAGAUGCUAGCUAGGUUUGGAGAGGGUGGGUUAGUUUUUAAUUCUGGUGUGGUUAAUUACUGGUUAAUUAAGUUUGUGUUUAAGUGAAGUAUACGCUGUUCACUCUGUUAUUGCUUUUCUUUCACUAAUGAAUUAUAUGUUGUUCAC